UUUGAGAGCCUAGUAUGUGCUGUAACUGACCAGGAAUCAGACACACCCUCUGCCCUCAAAGGCCUUGCAGUGGGGUUAGAGAUCAGAACUCUAAUCUACUUUUUCACAGAUGAGAAAACUGAGGUCCAGAGAAGUUAUGCCUUGCUCAAGGUAAAACAGCAAAAUAUCAUCAGAGGUGAGACCAGAGCGUUUUCCCACAACUCAGUUCAGAACACUUUUCCAAUUGACCACCCCACCCUUUUGAGGGUCACAUCUCAGCUACUAUUUGAGAGAUUACCUAGUUUUCAUGAUCCUCCCUUCUGUGCACCCACUGUCACCCUCGCUCCCAAACCUGGAGCCUAGGAUUUAGAAAAGAAAACGGUGAGCCCUGAAGAGAAAGUCACACACUGGGUAUUUUGAACCAUCCUCUGCAAGAAAAGGAAAGGUUACUCUGGUCUCCCAGCAUUAACUCUUCCUGUGCCGGAGAGGUUGAGGCCGUUUAAAAACAAAAAACCUGAGUGGUCUCACUCAGGACCGAAAGGGUAGAUCCCCGCCCCCUGGUAAAGCAGCGAAGACAGAUGGGGAGCCACCUGUCAGAGGACUGUGGGCGGGGGCCGGGACCGAGAGGGCCGCGGGACCAGAGGGUGAGCGCCGCUGAGCGCACGCUCAGAGCAGACAGUUCGCAGGAGGCGAGAUGAUGGUCUAAAACCCUGGGAGCUGACGGCCAGAGCGGGAGGAAAGGUAGUCACGGAAGGGAGGCAGAGCUACAGGAGGUGGGGGAUCCUGGAGGUGACAGCAAGGAGAGUACGCAACCGCGAGGGGCAGCUCCAGCGAGGACGCCGGGCGGUCGGGCGAGAGAAGGCAGGGCAGCGCCGCGGCGCUGCGGGCGGGCUCCGCCAGGGCGGGGGGGUGCCAUGUCUCGAGAGCGGCCCCCCCGCACCGACAUCCCGCGCAACCUGAGCUUCAUAGCCGCGCUGACGGAGCGUGCCUACUACCGCAGCCAGCGGCCCAGCCUCGAGGAGGAGCCAGAGGUGGAGCCAGGCGAGGGCGGGACGCGCCUCGGGGCCCGGUCCCGAGCUCACGCUCCCAGUCGGGGUCGCCGGGCCCUCUCUGCGCCAGCCGGAGGCGGCGGAGUUCGGGUGCCUCGCAGCCGCAGCCCCGACACCCGCAAGAGAGUGCGUUUCGCCGACGCGCUUGGGCUGGAGCUGGCCGCGGUGCGCCGCUUCCGCCCCGGAGAGUUGCCCCGGGUGCCCCGCCACGUGCAAGUUCAGCUGCAGAGAGACGCCCUCCGCCACUUCGCGCCGUGCCAGCCUCGCGCCCGCGGCCUCCAGGAGGCGCGCGCCGCCCUAGAGCCGGCCAGCGAGCCCGGCUUCGCCGCCCGCUUGCAGGCCCAGCGCAUCUGCCUGGAACGCGCCGAGGCGGGCCCGCUGGGCGUGGCCGGGAGCGCGCGUGUGCUGGACCUUGCCUACGAGAAGCGCGUGAGUGUGCGCUGGAGCGCCGACGGCUGGCGGAGCCAACGCGAGGCCCCCGCCUCCUACGCCGGUCCGGCCCCGCCCCCGCCGCGCGCGGAUCGCUUCGCCUUCCGCCUUCCGGCGCCACCCAUUGGGGGCGCCCUGCUUUUCGCCUUGCGCUACCGCGUGACCGGCCACGAGUUCUGGGACAACAACGGCGGCCGUGACUAUGCUCUACGGGGGCCCGAGCACCCCGGGAGUGGCGGAGCCCCCGAGCCCCAGGGCUGGAUCCACUUUAUCUGAGACUCCUGCGGCCGACGGCGCAAAACGCAAAGGCACCCAGGGGCCGGGGGAGCACGAAGAUUUGGCUGGGAAGAAAGAAAGAAACCGAAAUUGGCUGGGAGCUGUCCAAGAGAAUCAAGCUCCUUCUUGACAGUCUUCUAGAAAGGAGAAGAGGGAAAAGAAGCAGUUCCUGAUGCACAUGAACAACUGUUCCCAGCCUUAGUCCUUUGAAGGAAGAUGGCCGAAAGAGAGGAACUCCAAGUCACUUCUCAAGGAAAUGCUGGCUUAAACAUCAUCCUUAUCUAAUGAAGAAAACAAAGAAUUUCAUGCAUCUUGUGGAACACCUUCAGGUCAAAGUACCAGCAGAGUGAAGAAAGAAACUGCUAGAAGCCACAAAGCAAUGUGCUUUUUAGUCAUCAGUGAAGAGCCCAAGGGAGGUUGAUGGAGAGGGAGACUGGGUUGAGGCUCAGUGUAUAAUAAUCUCUUGCCUAAUGUGUAUGCAUUAUUAUUAUGUUGUAUUAACAAUCAUAAUAGCUCACAUUUACUUAUCUGCUAAAAUCUGGUGUCUUGCAUGCAAUACAACCCUCAAAACAACCCUAUCAGUUGAGUAAUAUCCCUAUUUUAGAGCUUAGGAAACAGCUCACAAAAGCUCAGUAAUUUGUUCAAGAUCACAUAGCUAGUAAAUGGCAUAGCUGGGAUUGUGAACUCAGGAUAUCUCCAGAGGUUCUGUGCAUAACCAUUUAAUUAUAGUUCUUCCUUUAAAAACAAAACUGACAACUUUGCCAUAUAUAGUCUCUUAUUAGGAAAAGACCACAGUUUCUAACUGCUCUGCCUUCCUAUCCUCCCAGUCUCCUGAACUGGCAUAGAGAAGGCAAAGCACUGAGGGGUCCCAAGUUCCAUCCAGGAGCUUGCUGCUGUCUCCUGUACCAGUGUCCCAGCUCUGCAGAAUCAGCAAGGGACCAUCCUGCCUGCCUGCUAGAGAACUUGGGAGCCCACCUGAACUCCAGCUUUUCCAUACAUUGGGAUUCUCUCCUGGUCCUAACCAACUCUCUACACGUGUUGGUGUGUCAUGCCCCUUUCCACUCCCCCGAAUAGUUUUGAACUGACCAAUCCCUAAAGUUUCCACUAGAAAGUAUCCCUGACUAGGACAGUUGCUGAAUGGUCUGUGCUUGGACCCUCUCUGCAAGCCCUGGUAUUACUGAGUAGAUAAAUGUAAACUGGUUGGAGAUGGAAUGAAGAAUAAUCCAUUUUUCCCUGAGCUUUCUCAGUAAGAAGUACCAUGGCUCACCCACCCCCCAUUCUCAGCUUUAUGGAGCCAACACAUGAAUCUUCUAGUUUUCCCAUAUAGAGCUGCCCCAGGGCCUGGGAGUAAACUGACAGUCUAAUCUGAUAUGGGAAACACUAGGAGUUUGGUGGAAUCUUUAGGAAGGUAUGUGUUAGGCAUUGGGAUAGGGACUUUCCCCUAAAGGCUGAUGACUAUAUGAACAGGAGCAAUUUGGUGUAUAACAUGUCAGCCAUAGAUGAGGAAGUGUUAUAUAAGAAAAAACAUUACGCUGGUCAGGGGCUUGGGUCCUUGAAGCAACACAGCUGGGCCACUUUGCCUGUUUCUCCUAUCCAGAUCUUAGAUAUCUUCCUACACUUAGCUGUCUGAUAGCCUUCCUUGUUCUUUUGUUUCUCUUUAUGAAUGUAGUGCAUCAUUUAUUGUCACAAUAAGCCAUAACUUCUGAACUCUCCAAUCUAACUCCCACAUUUUCUUGCUUCUAACACCUGUGUUUCUCUGGAGUUUCUCUGGAUCCUUGCAAUCCAAAGGUCAUAGAAUCAGAGACCAGGAAAAACUUGUGUUUAGAGAUUACUGGGUCCAUGCUCCACUACAGAUGAGGACACAGGUCCAGAGAUGAGAAGUGACUUCAGCAGGGUCAGAGAAUUUGUUAGUGCAGCUCAAGAUGGGUCUUACCUUCAACCCUUCUGCACACAUGCCAUUCCUGGGCUAUAAAACAGGCCUCUACAUAGUCAGAUCUGUGAUUUUUCAUGGCAAGGGAUAAUAUCAGAAAUGUUUCAUUUUCUCCUGCUAGUUUCCAUUCCCUUCCCCAUCCAGGCAUGAAAAGAAACAAAAGGCACUUGUAGUUUUCUUUGUUUUCCCAGCCUUGGCACUUCUUUGGGUGAUAUUGCUGAGGAACAGUGAAGUUGCUAAAAACAUGGUAUAAUCCACCCAUUGACUAACCUGGAGAGGAAAUUAAAGUUUGCUUUGUGAAUUCCCCCAAACCACUGUUCUCAUCAGGCCCUCCCAGAGCAUCCUCAUACUGUUCACAGUGUAGCCAUGUUCACUGGGCCCCAAACCCACUAGUUCUGUGCCUCACUUCAGCUUCCACAUGCAACUACCCUUCCUUCUGGAUAAAGGACCUCAUAUGUGAAAUAAAGUCAAAAUAUGAAAGUA